AUGCGCAUUAUCAACAAGGCCGGUGGUCUGAUCUACCAGCGGGAAUUUCAACCAGGCCUGCGCAAGCUCUCUACCAACGACUACCUCGUGCUCGCUGGUACCUUUCACGGUGUACACGCCAUCACUCGCACGAUCACUCCCAAGCUCCCACUCGCUCCCCCAUCUACCUCUCCUGCCGUUUCGUCCCCCGGCAACACCGCCCCCGCUACAUCGGGGUACAGCUAUCCUAACCCGGGCGUCCCCACAUCAGGCCUGGAAUUCCUCGAGACGGACAAAUUUCGCUUGACGUGCUUCCAGACCCUGACCGGGACAAAAUUCCUUCCUCUUCACCGACCCCCUGACCGGCAGUGUGGACACUAUUAUGAACAAGAUCUAUGA